UUAGACUAUCGCGAGACCGACGACCGGAAGUUGCUAUGUUGUGAAGUUGUGCAACGUGAAAAUGCUUCUCGCAAUGUGAUAUAAUAAUGAUACAUGGCGGGACACCUGAAGAAACAACUGAAGGAGGCAGUGAGUAUACUAGGGACUGGCAGUGUCCUAUUUGCUUCAUACCUCACUGCCUUUGGAGAUGAGCGCUUCUAUGCCAACAGUCUCAUGCCCUUGCUUCAGAGGGUGGUUGGCGCUGAGACGGCCCAUGUUGUGGCGGUGCGGCUCCUCAGUUGGGGUGUUGUACCUCUGAACAGAUACCAGGAUCCUGCUUCACUGGAAGUCAGCGUCAUGGGCCGGAAGUUCAGAAACCCCGUUGGGAUGGCGGCUGGCUUUGACAAGCACGGAGAGGCAGUGGAUGGUCUGUACAAGUUGGGCUUUGGAUUUGUGGAGGUUGGCACGGUUACCCCAAAGCCCCAGGAGGGAAACCCUAAGCCACGUGUGUUCCGACUGCCCGGGGACCAAGCAGUCAUUAACAGAUAUGGAUUCAACAGCUGUGGUGUUUCUGAAGUACUGGAAAGAUUAAAAGCAAGGGAAGCGACACAGACAGAGCUUACGAAAGUGGGCCUUCCUCUCGGCAUCAACCUGGGGAAGAACAAGCUGACGGAAGACACCGCCUCGGAUUACCUGGAGGGGAUCCAGAACCUGGGGCCACUCGGCGACUACCUGGUGGUGAACGUAAGCAGCCCCAACACUCCAGGCCUGAGAAACUUGCAGGCAAAAGAGGAAUUGCGCCACCUGCUGAGUAAGGUGCUGAGGGAGCGUGACCUGCUGCAUGGGAGCAGGAAGGUACCCGUGUUGGUCAAAAUCGCUCCUGACCUCACCGCCCAGGACAAGCAGGACAUCGCUGAUGUCGUCCUGGAGCUCGGUGUAGACGGAAUCGUCGUCUCCAACACGACUGUGUCCCGGCCGGCAGCGCUGAAGGACUCUGCGAGCAAAGAGACGGGCGGUCUGAGUGGUCAGCCGCUCAAAGCCAUGGCCACUGAGGUGGUGCGGGACAUGUACCGCAUGACCGGAGGGAAGAUACCCAUUAUUGGCGUCGGUGGCAUAGCCAGCGGGCAGGAUGCCCUGGAUAAGAUCCGCGCCGGAGCCUCUUUAGUCCAGCUGUACACGGCUCUCGUGUAUCAGGGGCCACCCGUCGUCACCAAGAUCAAAAGGGAACUCGAUCAGCUUUUAAAGGAACAAGGCUUUGCCAGCGUCUCUGAAGCAGUGGGAGCUGAUCACAGGUCAGCAGAUGCAACAGCAGCAGCACAGAAUCUAGACAGAGAAAACUCACCAAGCCUUGGCGGCCUCUGAUCCUCUGGUCAGUUACAAAAGGGAUUGUUCUCUAACUAGCUGCCUGAUCAAAAAUCCUGUCGUUACUUGAAGUCAGUAUAGAGGCAAAGUUCUCUCACUGGUCCAUACAAAACAGUGUACCUAUUUGGUGUUUCUCUUGAAAUGUGUCAUAAUUGUGCAGAUUGUAGGAAAAUAAUGUUGGUUGAACAAUAUAGUAGUUUAGAUGUAUGCAAGGACUAUGCACUGUGUUUGUAUCAUCACUUGCUCUGAGCUUUGUACUAUCAGAGCCAUCUUUGAAAGGAUAACAUGUUUUGCCCUACAGUAAAUAUUUAAUUCAAGUUCAGAAUUUAAGAUUUACAGUCAAAGAAUAGGCUUCCCAGAAGUACAUUUUGUCUUGGAAAAAUUCCUUUGAUGACCUUUUUUAGAGGUUUUGCAAUAUGUCAAAUACCAAAUAAGCCUUUGCAUCAUCCACUGUGCAUGCAGAAGAGCAUAGUAAAUUAGGCUGGUGUAAAACAUUCUUCUGGGAAUGUAAUGCAGUGCUGAAUAGCUUCAAAUAGACACACAGCAUUGGUGACCUUUUAAAAAAGUUAUUAAAGGAAGUCAACCGUUGCUGGUUUUUAAGGAAAUUAAAAUGUAUUCAUAGAACACCCACUUGCUGUCAUGCUCAACUUGCAUAAAAUAACUGUAAAGAAUUAAAUUAAUGGUUAAAUGUCAACAAAACAAACAAUUAAACGUAUUUAUAUUAAA